UGGUUCAUGAUAAUGCACUAUAAAUAGCUCAGACUUUGAAUUCAUGACCUGCAGUAUCAUGAACUUUGAAUUGCACUAAAGAAAUUUAAGACAGAGAGAGAGAGAGAGAAAAACUUGAGAAGGAAAAUGGUAAGAACUCCUUCCUGUGAUAAAUCUGGUUUAAGGAAGGGAACAUGGACUCCUGAGGAAGACAGAAAGCUAACGGCUUAUGUUACUAGGUAUGGCUGUUGGAAUUGGCGCCAACUGCCCAAAUAUGCAGGAUUGUCAAGGUGUGGGAAGAGUUGCAGAUUGCGGUGGAUGAAUUAUUUGAGGCCAAAUAUUAAGAGAGGGAAUUAUACUGGAGAAGAAGAAGAAAUUAUCCUUCGUUUACAUGAAUCACUAGGGAACAGAUGGUCUGCUAUAGCUGCCCAGUUACCAGGAAGAACAGACAACGAAAUAAAGAACUACUGGCACACCAACCUCAAGAAACGCAAAUCAAACGACACUGCAAAACAAGACUUUAUUGGUCUUUCUCAACCUAAAAAGACCAGAAAGGUUAAGAUUCAACCAAAUAUAAUUGACCCAUUAAAUCCUGCAACUACUCAAAUUGUGGAAAGCUCCACAUUGUGUCCCACACCAUCUACAAGUGAUUUCUCAUCGUCAACUGCUGAUAAUGCAGCAGUAACCAGCAGCUGCAGCGACUUGAAAUCUGAUGAUGAAUUUGCUUUCCUGGAGGCAUACGAGGCACCUUGUGGGAAUUUUUGGACAGAACCAUUCUUGGCUGACAAUUACUACAUGCCUUUUGAGUUCUUAGCACCAUCGCUAGACCCUCUUUCUGAUCCACUCCUUGAUGGAGAAUUAUUAUACUCUUAUGAUGUGUGUGACUAUGGAAUAUUGAAUUGGCAAUUGUAGCUUGGUUACUGAACAUAAAAUAAUUUUGGUUCCCAUAAUUUUCUGCUUUCUUGUCAGUAUAUCUUUCUGGGUAUGACAUCUUCAAGAAUCAAGUGAUGACUAGGAUAAGUAUUUUAAAUCCAUUUGAAUUGUAAAGUACUCAAGGAAUGGACUAGAUAUUGGCAAGGCCUAACAAAGCUCUUAAAGGGAACCUGUCUUUUAAGAGCUUGGAGUCCUAAACGUAAUUAAAGAAAAGCUUGGGAAGAGUUUAUAAAAAAAGAAGUACAAAUAUGCUAAAACAAUAGCUAGGAGUCAUCCACAUCAGGAGAAGUUAAGAUUGAUGUUCUUUUCAAGUUAGGAAGGAUUGACUUUCCAUUUUCAUCCCACGCCUAUAAAUCCGAUACAGCAAAUAAGCUAAGGAAUCCUCAGUUUUCUCAAUCCUUGCAGCUAUCAAAGCCUCUCAACUAUCUCAUCACCCACUUUUUUGUCAGCUAUCCUAAGGAGUUCUUUCAACCCUAGCUCACAAAACUCCAGUAUGUUAUUUUUUCUUUUGCUUUCAUGUUCAAUAUUAUCUGUUGUUUGAUUUGUUAAGAUUUUUUUUUCCAUGUAGGGAAGAUGUUUGAGGCAUGAAAGUUAGCAGCUAGGAUUCCCAUUGGAGACUCUUUGGCCGAAUUUGCCUUGGGGGAAUAUCUCCUUACCAUUUUUGCAUGUUUCCUUUCUAAUAUUGAAUGGUUCCUUGCUUGUGUGAGUUUAAUUUGCUAUUUUCUUCCUUUAGUUAGUUUAAACAUGUAAAUAGUUUUUAUUUGUAUUUUCUUUGAGUGUGCAAACCAUUGUGAUGAAAUCAUAAAAGGAGAAAAGAGAAUCCAAAAAUAAAAGUAAAAGGAGCUUGACACCCGAACCAAGAAGAACAUGGGUUCAGGCACGCUUCAGCCCAUCACACGGCACCAACCUAUGUAACUUAUGACCACCCAUCUUUUCGGAGGCCUAUUUCAAACCCGUUCAGUUCAAAAGCCUAUUUUGAAGAUUCUUUGCAUGGGUUAAUAGGCCUAUAAUCUUUGUAAUGACUAGUUUUUCUUUAGCCGUUUUGUUAAUUUUUUU